GUGAUUCACCAAAUGACCAAAAAAGCCCUGAAGAGGGGUCUGAGAAGAAAAAAGAGAAGAAGUCUGAAGCCUUGAACAUCAGAGGUGUUCUUUUACAUGUUAUGGGAGAUGCACUUGGAUCUGUGGUCGUGGUAAUUACUGCUGCUAUCUUCCACCUACGUCCUCUGAGGGAUGGUCAGUGCAAUUGGCAAUGCUACAUUGAUCCAAGCUUGACAAUAAUUAUGGUGUUCAUCAUUUUAUCUUCUGCCUUCCCACUUAUCAAGGAGACCUCAACUAUUUUGUUGCAGAUGGUCCCCAAAGGUGUUAAUAUGCAGCUACUCACUGACAGACUAGCUUGUGUACCAGGGGUUAGCAGCCUGCAUGAGGUACAUGUUUGGGAGCUUGCAGCUGGGAAGAAUAUUGCAACUCUUCAUAUUAAGUGCCAAACCCCUACUGAUUACCAAGAUGCUGCUCAUAAAAUACGAAAGGUUUUCCACGAAGCAGGGAUCCAUUCUGUGACCAUUCAGCCUGAGUACGUUGACCACAAGACCUCCCAGCUACUAUGCAGCUCGCCCUGCAUCUCAAAAACUUGUGACUCUCAGCUGUGCUGCAGCCAGCGGCAGCCCCCCCGGGUUAAAACUAAUGUCUCUAUGGAAAAAAACAACAGCUACAUUUCUACACGGCAUAAAGAUAAUGGUUCAAGUAAAAAUGACAUUGAAAUCCCUAUCGAGUACCCAGGGGCAGAGGAUAGUGUUAAAAAUGUGAAAAAUUGUAAUGUGUCUGAUGACAAAUCACAGUCAAGCAGUACACGAUUUUAG